GGCGCGGCAAGGUAGUCGCAGAGCGGAGUUGCGGGUUCUUAGAACCAGAACGCGAGCAGUGGUCUCCACGACCGGACAGCUGGGGCAGAUAUAAAGUUCUGGAAGUAGUUUUUCCUGUCCAAAGAUGGAAAACAGUACCACUACCAUCUCUCGGGAGGAGCUGGAAGAGCUACAGGAAGCUUUCAAUAAAAUAGAUAUAGACAACAGUGGGUAUGUCAGUGAUUAUGAACUUCAGGACCUGUUUAAAGAAGCAAGCCUUCCUCUGCCUGGCUACAAAGUGCGCGAGAUUGUGGAGAAAAUUCUAGCAGUUGCUGACAACAACAAAGAUGGCAAAAUCAGCUUUGAAGAGUUUGUGUCACUAAUGCAGGAAUUAAAAAGCAAGGACAUCAGCAAAACAUUCCGCAAAAUAAUUAACAAGAGGGAAGGGAUUACUGCUAUUGGAGGAACUUCAGCCAUUUCCAGUGAGGGCACACAGCAUUCUUAUUCAGAGGAAGAAAAAGUGGCUUUUGUUAACUGGAUAAACAAAGCCCUGGAGAAUGACCCUGACUGUAAGCAUCUCAUACCCAUGAAUCCCAAUGAUGGCAGUCUUUUCAAAUCACUUGCAGAUGGCAUCCUUCUUUGCAAAAUGAUCAACUUAUCAGAACCGGAUACAAUUGAUGAAAGAGCCAUCAAUACGAAAAAGCUCACCCCUUUCACUAUUUCUGAAAAUUUAAACCUAGCCCUGAAUUCUGCCUCUGCCAUUGGUUGCACAGUGGUCAACAUUGGUGCACAGGAUCUCAAAGAAGGAAAACCUCACUUGGUCUUGGGACUCCUGUGGCAGAUCAUCAAAGUUGGUCUUUUUGCUGAUAUUGAGAUUUCCAGGAAUGAAGCUCUCAUUACAUUGCUAAGUGAAGGUGAAGAACUAGAGGAGCUAAUGAAGCUUUCUCCCGAGGAAUUACUGCUGCGAUGGGUGAACUACCAUCUGACCAAUGCAGGAUGGCGUACCAUCAAUAACUUUAGCCAAGACAUUAAGGAUUCAAGAGCCUAUUUUCAUCUGCUUAAUCAGAUUGCCCCUAAGGGUGACAGGGAUGAUGGACCUGCCAUUGCCAUUGACCUUUCAGGGUUUAAUGAGCAAAAUGACCUGAAGCGUGCUGGAUUCAUGCUUCAAGAAGCAGAUAAAUUGGGCUGUAAACAGUUUGUUACUCCUGCAGAUGUGGUUUCAGGCAAUCCUAAACUCAAUUUAGCUUUUGUAGCUAAUCUCUUUAACACAUAUCCAUGCUUACAUAAACCUGAUAAUAAUGACAUCGAUGUGAAUUUAUUGGAAGGAGAGAGCAAGGAAGAGAGGACAUUUCGGAACUGGAUGAAUUCCUUGGGGGUCAACCCAUACAUUAAUCAUUUGUACAGUGACCUUGCAGAUGCUUUAGUGAUCUUUCAGCUCUAUGAAAUGAUCCGAGUGCCAGUCAACUGGAAUCAUGUCAACAAACCUCCUUAUCCUGCUCUUGGAGGGAACAUGAAGAAGAUUGAAAACUGUAACUAUGCAGUGGAACUUGGGAAGAAUAAGGCCAAAUUCUCUUUGGUUGGCAUUGCUGGGCAGGAUCUAAAUGAAGGGAAUUCAACACUUACGCUGGCGUUGGUAUGGCAGCUGAUGAGACGGUACACAUUGAAUGUGCUAUCAGAUCUUGGAGAGGGAGAAAAAGUGAAUGAUGAAGUUAUUAUUAAAUGGGUCAAUCAGACUCUUAAAAGUGCAAACAAAAAUACUUCUAUUUCCAGCUUCAAGGACAAAUCUAUUAGUACUAGCUUACCUGUUUUAGAUUUAAUAGAUGCCAUUGCACCAAAUGCAGUACGUCAAGAAAUGGUCAAAAGAGAAGACCUUUCGGAUGAGGACAAGCUAAACAAUGCUAAAUAUGCCAUUUCAGUCGCUCGAAAGAUCGGUGCCCGGAUAUACGCACUACCUGAUGACCUGGUAGAAGUGAAACCAAAGAUGGUUAUGACGGUGUUUGCAUGUUUAAUGGGAAAAGGACUGAACAGAAUAAAAUAAUGAAACAUUUAAUAUAAUUUUCUGCUACAUUAAACACGUUGGAUGCCUCACAGUUUACAGAAUUCUGAAAUGUAGUGGGUAUAAAACUCAAGAUAAUUUGUAUGCUCAAAAAAUAGAUAUAUUCAUUAAUUUAGUAUCUUGUUCAUAUUAGAAUUUGUCAAUCUUUUGGAUAACAAUUAAUUUACCAGAUGAUACUGAUAACAGAGUAUGUUCAUUAUCAAGCUGAUGUUUCAUGAUUAAAUUAUUUUCUUUUCUUGAAAGUCUCAUUAAAGCAAAACUAAUUCAUUCUUUUUCAUGGUUCAAAAAAGAUCAAUACAAAAUGUUCUUGCAAGUCCUGCUGUGAAAUGUUUUGAUUUUUUUGUGUGUGUUAAUUUUGAUUGUAAAUUCAAAAUCAUAAUCCAGUUCAAUCCUUUUCUUUCUCCAAAUAUGCAAAAUGGUUUAAACAUCUGACUUUUUCUGUAAGUUUCUAUAUUGUCUAAAAUUUUAAAGUUCUGAGUAUUGUUCAUUAAUAUUAAAAUUUUUUAUAUAUUAAAAAUAACUCUUGAAUAAAUCCCAAAGUUCACUCUCUUGUUUAAAUAGCAGGAGCUUUUUACUUAAAAGUUAAGUUUAAUUGCACUGAUAUUUUACAUAUGCUAGUUUGAUAAUAUAGCUUUAACUAUGACAUGCAGCAUAUAUAUGUUGGUAGGUUAUUCGAUAAGUGUGUAUGUGUGUUUAUUGUACCAGGUUUUCUUAAAUGGAAUGUAAAACUGGUUAAUCAGCCAACCAUCAAACAUUUAUUGUGCCCUCACUAAAUGUGUAAUACUUUUCAGUUUGUGAAUGUCAGAUACAUGAAGAUUUCUUUUAGAAAUAUUCAUUUUGAAUGUUCACAUAGUUAUCAAUUGACUCCUUCCAAAUAUCUGUAGCACAGCUUGGGUCUAUAGUAAAGCCCUACAUAAUUUAGAAUACACCUACUGAAUAUUUUUACUAAGCUAAUAUUCAACAUAGAGUAUUUUCAUGUUUUUUCCACAGCCUCCUUCAAACUGGUGUUUGGUGAAUGCUUUUGUUACUUGGGAAUAGCUAAAGCUUUAGACCUAUUUUCGUCUGAAUUUUUAGCAGAAGACCUAUUAGAAUAUGGAAAUCUACUUCCUCAUGUUCCACUGUUAGUGCCGGUGAGCAAUACUGCCGUUCAACAAAAAUGCUGUCACUUGUAUCUCAGUGUGAAUAAGUAAUCUAAAUCCCCUGUCUAUGAUUGAGUAGAACAUACAUGUUGAUAAGAAUGAGACUGCCUAUGUGUUUAGAAUAGAAUUUUUUAAACAAAGUCAUCAACAGGGUAGGGUUUUGAAAUAUAAUCUUCUACAAAAGAUCUUUCCUUUCCCUUUGUAUUUUGAUGAUUGUUUUCUUAUAUGAAGAUUAUAAGAUAUGUUCUUGCUCUUCUAUGAGAUUAUUUAAAUCCUGUUUCCCCCUUUGAUUUUUUUCACCAUUACAUUCACUUAGUUAUCUGAUUUACAUGAAAUCUGGCACUUUAAGGUGUUCUUUUUUU